AUGGGUAGCAAAACUAGCAGCUCGGCUAAUUCUUCAUCAUCUUUAGCUGCUGUUACUUCUCCUCCUACUACUAAAACUGAUACUACGACCCCUCCUCCUACUACUACUACAACGAAUACUACUACUGAUCCUAUCAUUAAUAAUACGUCUGCUAAGACUAAUAUUGCAACAGUAACAACAAAAACUACUACGACUACUACUAUGCCUACUCCUAUAGUUACUUCUACAGCUCCGACUACUAAAAAUACUUCAGCAACGCCUGUAUCUACUGAAAGUAAUUCCAAAUCAUCAUUCUUUUCUAUUGCAAAAUCACUAACAUCGAAUGCUGAAAACCCAAAAUCUGCUGCUUCAUCAGCUUAUACACAAUGGUAUAAAUGGAGUAAAUAUGAACAACAACAACGAGAUAAAGGCAAAGCAGCCUGGUAUUUGAGUCCACAAGUAACAAGUACUGAUACAUCUAGUGUAACGACAACAGCUUUAACAAUGACAACGGCUAAAACUAGUAAUGAUCAAAAAGAAAUCUAUGAUGCAUCAAAUAUUACUGUUAUGCCCAGCUUUCAAUUACGUUCAACAGCUAUAUAUAGUCCACCUCAUGGUGAUCGUGUUUUAUCAGGACGUAAUGAAUUAAUCAAUACCGAUGUAUCAAAUUUUAAAUACUAUAUACCAGACAAUCGCACAAAACAAACGGUUGGUCAACAUACAAGAGCGACGAUGUAUAAAAUGAAUACUCGACUAAAACAAACUCCUUUACCAACUCCAUCAUCUUCAUCAACAACUACAAAUCCUAGUAGUAGUAACAAUACAACAGAAGAUAAUUCAACAGUACCUACAUUUGUCUCUAUUGGCUUACAGACUGAUCUUGAAGCACAACCAAUUAAUUCAUCUUCUUCACAAAUGCUUUAUUAUGAAAGACAAAAACCUCAAGUCGUUCCUGUAUCAGUAUUAUCAAAUUAUAAUUCAAGUAAUAAUGGAUUUUAUCAUUUAUCAUUAAAUGAUACAGUUAGUCAACCAGUUUUUCCACCUACCGAAACGAAACCAUCAGUACAGUUAAAUGAUCAACAAUAUCCAUCUGUUAAUCAAUCUCUUCCUUAUUAUCCUCCUCCACCACCGCCGACAUCAAUAUUAAAAAAACCAUCAACAGUAUUAUCUCAAGAAAAAUAUAAUCCUCUUUCAAUACAAACACAUGAUGAAGUACUUGAAGAAUUGCGUAAACGUAAUAAUAAUACAAAAAAUGGCAUGUAUCGUGUAAAAAAAGUUCAUAUAUUAGAAAAAGAUGAUCGUGAAAAUCAACCAUUAACUGUACCAUAUAGUCUUCCAUCUAGUAAAGCUAGUCAAAGUAUAUUAAGAAGUGAAAAAUUACUUUUUAAUCAAUGA